AUGAGCGAGGGCACGCUGGAGAUGAAGCGGCUGCGCGUCGGCAGCGGCUGCAGCAUUGGCGCGGUCGCCGACGACUGGAACGGCCGAGGGCGGUGCAUCGGCGCCCGGAUCCGGGGAGUCAACGUGGGCAUCCUGGACGAGCAGGUGCUGGUGCUGGUCUUCCGCGCGCUCAACUGGGACCCGCAGGCGCUCUGCUCCGUCGCGCGGGUCAGCCGGCGCCUCCGCGCCGUGGCGGAGCGGGUGCUGUGGCGCGAGCUCUGCGUCUCGCGCGCGCCGCGGAUGGUGUCCGCGCUCACGGCGGGGUCGUCCUCCGCGCCCGGGUCGGGCCGCGUCGGCGGCGGCUGGCCGGCGCUGGCGAAGCUGCUCCUCUUCUGCUGCGGCGCCGCGGGCGCCGCCGUGCCGGGCCACUUCGCCCCGGUCUCCCGCUUCUCCAAGACCUCCGGCCGGAGCUUCCUGUCGCGGCGCUGCGGCGGGGACCUGCUGUACGUGUCGGACCCGUGCGAGCACGCCGUGCCCGGAACCGCCGGCGACGAGGACGUGGGCGCGUACCGCGGCGUGUUCCGCGGCUUCAUGCGCUCCCGCACGCGGGCCUGCCUGGUGGGCGGCCGCGCCCCGCUGGAGCCCCGCGUGCGCUGCCCCUACUGCGGCGCGCGCGUGUGGAGCGUGACGGCGGCGGGGCUGGCGCCGCGCAGCGCGUGCCGCCGCCUCGGCGCGCACGAGGGCCGGCUCGAGUACUUCGUCUGCGUCAGCGGCCACCUCCACGGCAGCUGCUGGCUCGCGCGCCUCUCCGACAGCGACGGCGAGCGCGACGGCUCCGGCUCCCUCUCCGACGACGGCGACGCGUUCGGCGCCAGCGAGGAGGAAGACGACAGGCGCAUGGCGCUGUAAAGAUCAGAGCUUUGCUUGUUUUGCUAGCCACAUGAUCAAAGUAGCAUGUUCCUUUUUUCCUUC